AUGUCGAGCCUCACAGAUUCAAACAGCCCUUUGGCUGAGAAGCUAAAGGCGACAGUACAACAAAAAGCUCUCGAGAUGGGCUGGACAGAAGACAGCGACGAUACUUCGUUAUCCGAAUACAUCAUCCUCCUGCUCGCCAAUGGCAAAUCGAGGGAUGAGAUCGCGAACGAGCUGUCUACUGAACUUAUACCUGGCGCUGAAGGAAUCGAAGAGUUCUCGACCUGGUUAAGUGGAACAGUUGCGAAGCUGACUGGAACGAAUGCUGGCGACAAGCCUGCACAAGCACAACAGCCUCAAGAGCAAGCACCGAUACCUGCAGCUUAUGAGACUGACCUAGGCGAGUCUGCGCCAGAUAACGCUCCUAAAGGUCCCAAAAGCCAGUCCAUCAGCUCGCGAGGUAGUCGUGGAGGGCGUGGCGGUACUCCAGUGCGGGCCUCCUUCGAUGCCGCCCUACACAGAACACGAGGCAACGACAGAAUAAACAGUCAUACAAGAGGCGCGCCAAAGGGUCCGAAACAGAUGAAUGGCAAACCGUCGCCGGGCAUGCAGAAGGCUCUCAAUGGUUUACAAAGUCCACCAAUGCAGAAUCCCAUGAUGCCAGGAUCGCAGCCAGGUCAAUUCAAUCCAAUAUCGCCACAGCAGCAAUUAGAGUUCAUGGCUAUGAUGGAACAACAAGCACGCAUGCUUGCUCAAUUCAUGCCGAAUAUGAUGCCUCCUGGCAUGAACGGCUCACUACCACAAAACGGUCAGAAUGGUCAGAGUGGCCAGAACGGUCGAUCCAUGUUUGAUAGAGUCGAACGUGGUAGGGGUGCGAGCCGUGGCCGGGGUGCAAGAGGAGGAUCACAAAACGGUUCAAGAAAGCCAUCAGAAGCAACAGUAGAAGGCGAGGGUCAAAUGAUACCCGAUGCGAUGGAGGGCACAGAUGCGACGAACGCCGCCACAGUCCAGCCUGCGGGACCAAAAGAUCCUUCUAGCACAGUGUGCUAUUUCAAUCUUCGCUGCCUCAACAAGGAAUGUCUAUACGCUCAUCAGAGUCCUUCGGCGCCGCCUGGAACAGAGAUCGACAUGUCACAAACUUGCAGUUUCGGUGCCGCCUGCAAGAAUGCGCAAUGCCAUGGCAAGCACCCUUCGCCAGCCAUGAUCACCGCUCACAAAGCCGAGCAAGAGUGCAAGUUCUUCCCCAACUGUACCAACCCAAAUUGCCCUUUCAAGCAUCCAACUAUGCCUUUGUGUCAGUUCGGUGCUUCGUGUAAGAAUGAGGACUGCAAGUUCACACAUCUCAAGACAAAGUGCAAAUUCAACCCCUGCACUAACGCCCGCUGUCCCUUUGCACAUGAGCCAGGUCAGAACCGAAAUAUGUCCAGCUUCUCCUGGUCUAAGGAUCAGGCUGAGCAAGCAUCUCAGGCUACCCAAGGUGCUGAUGAUCAAAGUCAUGUUAGUACCAGAAGGUUCGUCACGGAAGGCGAAGAAGAGUUCAUCAAACCUGAAGCGGAGGAACAUGGUGAAGAAGCCAAGGAGGAAGAGCAAGAGAUGGGGAGUGCUGAUCAAGCUCAGCAGGCGGAUGCUCUCGUGACCUAG